AUGAAUAAUAGCCUUACUAAUUCCUAUUUUGAUCCAAUUGAAUAAGUCCAAGUUAAUGAUGGAAUACAGAGAAGCAAGAGAGACGAGUUUCUAGUCCUGGAUGAAAAGAGCAACAUCGACUAGAAAUAUAUUCUAAGAAGAGGUGAUGGGCUGUCUGAUUUCUUAACAGUCAAGAGCCAUUUCUACAAGUUAAAAACAGCAUAACUUGAAGAUUCAUUCUAUAAGUAGAAUGUGCUAAUGAGAGGCAAUGAACUGAUAACAACAGCCUCGCUAUAAAAUUACUUAGAUACGAUGCAGUUGCAUUUAGAUGCAUAGAUGGACAUGAGAAUUUUGAAAAUAAAUGAAGAACUUGAAGCUAAACUCAGUCAUUUCACUGGUGAAAUGAUCAUGGCCUUAAAAGAGAAAGCUUCAAAAAAGUCGAUGCAGACUGAUAAUUUAUUUGUUAUGGACAUAGUUAGAGAUAAUGAGAUGAAGAUCAAUCAGGCCCUCGCAAGUUUAGAUCAGAUUGUUAUAUAAAAGGUCUCUUGUAAGGCUGAGAUCAAAGAUGUUGAAUCACUUGAUAUAAACAAGGCAGACAUUUCAGCUGUCAAAGAAAUCAAUGAAAGAAUCAAUCGCAUUGAGAUGAUGAUGCAUGAAUACUUAUCAGCAGAUUCAAAUGAGGAUGAGUUUGAUGAAAGAGAUGGCAGCUUUGACGACGAUGUAGACUCUGCUGAGAUGAAAGACUAAGUUAAUAAUAGUUCAAGCUAAUUUGGAUUCAGACAUAAUAAAUCCCUUGAUAUUGAUGACGAAUAAAAAGUAGACUUAAGUAUGGUUGAUAUCAGUCCUAAAGACCAUGCUUUGAUGGGUCAUGAUUAGAUUAACAGUGUUUAAACACCUUCUACACAUGCAAAUGUAUAGAAUAUUGAUUUGAUAAUAGGAAGAAAUGGAGACCCACCAAUAAAUUCAAUUGAAGUUAUCAAUAAUCAAAAGAAAGCUUUAGAGUAGUAUGUUAAUGAUCAAAUUCCAGCAACAAACUAAUUUAAAAAGAAGGAGAAAGAGAAUAAUCAAGGUAAGAAAUAAAAUCAUCAACAAGCAAAUCAACCAAUCAGAAAGUCUCCCAGAGAAAAGCUACCGAAUUUUCCACAACCAGUAGUUCAGCCUUCAACUAAUAACAAAUCGAAAUUCGCUUCAUCAACUAAUUAACACUUGAAUUUUCCUAAUUAUCAUCAUGAUAAUGCAUAAAAAUCGCCAUUUUUAAGUCCUAAGGAGACCAGUCCCAAGUCAAAGGUAAAUGAAAUGAAGGGAAUUGACCUAUUUAAUAAUAAGGGAGCAAAUAUCAAUAAUGAUACCAAUGCUGCUAGUAUUUUGAAUGAUAAAAACAUUACAGAUAGGAUUCAAGAUAGAUAGUUAUUGGAUAAAAAAUAUACAUAAGAAAUGGCUUAACCAUAAAUUAUGCCUCAGAUUGGAGUAAAGAUUAAGCUGAGUGGGAAGCAAGUAAAGGUAGAAGAGAACAGUAAGUCAAAUUUAGAAAAGGAAAUAUCAGAAAAGAGUAAUACUCUAGAGCAAGCAAAGGAUAAAGUACCUCUGAAUAAUGAUAUGUUAUCAUAAGGAUCAUCUCUUAGAUUCGCUUAAUCAAGAUUGGGUUCCACUUCUCCCUACCGCAAAAAUAAAAUGAAUGCAUUGAAGCGAGGCUAACCUCAAAUUAAUGACACUGUGGAGAUAGACAAUUUAAAGAGAGAUUUCAUAAUGGUAAAUCAGUAGAUAAAGGAUUUAUAAGAGAAACUACACAAGCACGAGGUUGAUAUUCAUCCAUAGAUAGCUUUUAUACAUAAUAAUCAUCAGAAAAUAUAGCAGGUUAUUAAGUCUUACGAAACACUAAAGUUGAGAAUACACGAGCAUGAGACCUAUGAUGAAAAACUAAAAGAAUCUUAUCUAAAGAAGUCAGUAGAAACGAUCAAAAAGAUGAAAAUAGGUAUUGAAAAAGACUAAUAAUUAGUCAAAGAGUAGUAUCAACAGGACAAGGAGUUCUAUAAGUAAAAGCUGAAAACAUUUGAAACGAAUGAAGAGAAUCUGCGUUAACUUAUGGAGUUAGUUAAGAAAAAGCUAUAAGCACUUAAAUUCCAAAAUCUAAAUCUCUCUGCAUAAGAGCAGCAGACACUCUUUGGUUCUAUUUAAGAGGGACAGAUGAGUACUCGAUCAAAUUUCAAUAACACUCAAAAUAUCACAAUAAUUGGAGGAUAAGUGAAUAGUACAACGAUAUCCAAUGAAGAGUUCAACAGAGAAAUUGAGAAUUUGAAGAACUUUGUAAUGAUUAAACUUCAGGAGGUGCUAGGUGAAAUUGAAGAAAUAAAAAGACCAGUAAAUGAUUCUAUACAAAAUAUACAAAAGGAGAGUUAGGCUCUGAGUAGGGAACUUGAUAGAUAUGAUGCUCUUUAUAGAAUAAUUCUUUCUGACUUCUAGCAAAUACUUGACGAUCACAAAUCACUUAUUGAAAAGUAGCAUAACUAAUUGAUUCAGUAAUAAAAGUAACAUCAAGAAAACUUAGCUUACCAAACAUUGCCGAUUCAAACGCACUAACUCAUCCCGAAUACACCCCUUCAUUAAACUAAAUUAUGUUCUUUGAUGAGUCACCCAGAUCCCAAGUCGCUUGGCCAUCAUACUCCUAAUACCUAUGCAGAUUCAAUUCUUUCAAAAUUAGAUCAAGUGAACUCAAAGAUUAUAGAUGCAAAGCGAAGAUUUAAAAAGAGUUUCGAUCAGGAUCUACUAGAAAUGGCAAGUGUAGAUAAUAUUUCAAGCAACAAUAACACAAAGCUUGGCUUUAGAAAUCAGAGUUCAAGCGUUAUGAGAAAUUCAAUCUAGGGAAACAAAGACUCUUUUACUAAAACUGACAGGGCGAGGACAAGCAUGGGCCAAAAUAAAAGUUAUAAGGACAGAGAUGCCAGCAAUUUAAUUAGAGAGUAUGAAUAAAGAAAGUAAAAUGACUAUUUCGAAGUAGGUGGAGGCCAGGCCCCUAAGCGAAACAUUUAUUCAUCUAGUAUGGAGAAAUAUAAGAGAGUAAUUCAGACCUCUGCUUUGCACAAGAGCACUGGCUUUUAACAAAGACCUAUUAAUAUGACUGCAAACAACAGUCCAACAAUAAGAUCAAAUCUCAAUGAUUCUGUUCUAACCACUCAAAUCGUAACUCCUUCCCUUAAGCUUAAGGAUUAUUAAAAGGGGCCUUUAAAUGAAAUAAAGAUUAAUUUAAAGAGAUUUGGCCAUCUCAUACAGUGA